GCCCAUGUAAGUACGAGGAGAGGUAGGAAGACGCGUCAGCAAUAGAUGCAUUCAGUCAGUCCGACAGGCAGGCAAACAGGCAAUUGGUGAAAAAGAGAUGCAGUCACUACACACAAGAGUACCCCACAGUCGAGCCGGUCAUUCAUGCUGUCUGACAUCCCAUUAUUCAGACGACAUCCACCCCAACCCCCCACACACCCUGCAAUCCAUCCCGGGAAAAAUCACUCGUAUGUGCGUAUUGGCACAGGGUAGUGCACACAUACGAUCAGCUGCGGUUGUGGGCGGCUGCUCAUUCUGGCACGCCUUCUUCGUGGUACUCAGAGUUGAAUCGUGAUGCGUGUGUGAAGACCAUCCACAGCCGCUGCAGGGCCGCCACCACCUCCUCGGCAAAGGCGUCCUCACCCUCACCCAACCACUGCACGCGGCCACCCUUGGCGACGAACAUCGCGUACCUGAGGGAAUCAAUCAAUCAAGCGCCGGUUGGGUUGUCGGCCUGUGUGCGUGGAUUGGACGUUGUGUACCUGUCGGAUCGGAUGCCCAUGAAGCCGCCCGUGCAGUCCUUCUCCAUGCCUAUUGCCUGCAGGCACCGACCAAGCAACGCACAUGCAUAUAUCAUGCGGCUGACUGGCUCUUUCUCUCUCUCUCCCCUUUCUCACCCUCGUGAGCUCCCCAUUGCCGUCAGAGAUGAAGACGAUCUUGUCAAUCGCACCCGUCUGCCUGGCCCAUGCUGCACAAACAGAUACACAUGACGGGCAGAACACAAAGAUACAUACAUACAUGCAUACAUACAGAAGGGCGGCGGCCCACUACCUUUGAGAACGAAGGGGUCAUUGACGGCCAGGCAGCCCACGAAGUCGACCUUUUGCAUGAUCUUCUUGAGGUUGGUCGUGUCCAGGAAACCUGCACGUGGGAGCGCACACGACAGGCACACACACACAGUGACUCACAAGCCUCAUUCACUGGGCGUCCAUGUCCGCAGAGCUCACCUGGGAGAUGCUUGUCGGUGCACGUUGGCGUGAAUGCACCUGAUAAAUGGCACAGCAGAGGAACACAACACACACAACACACACACACAGCACAAAAUGAGAUCCGCUCGCUCACAUCGAGUCCAUCUCUGCUGUUCUCACUAACCUGGGACGGCGAAUAUGAUGCCGGUCCUCUCCUUGAAGAUCUCCCUGACCGUCAUGGGCUUCCCAUUCACCGACAGAGUGAUGUCCUGCGGCAGGUACUGAUUCGUGAGGAUCUUCAUCUCACACAGAGGUUGCCGCCUCGCACGCGACCGGAUGGCGAGGGACUGCAGAGGGCUGGAGGGGGCGAAGCCGAGCGAGGUGCUGGCCAUGCAGAGGCACGUGAGGCUGUACCAAAUGAGCCACCGCUUCAUUGUGCAGACCACAGGCAGAUGGAUGUAUAGAUCGGGUGGAGGUGGUGGUUAAGGGUAAGAUUUAGGUGGAGG